AUGUCGCGCGACGACCGGCAGCUGGCCAACGAUAUCAUGCCGGAGCGAUCGGUAGGGGGCGAUGUCGUGUCGCAACUGGACAGCUUUCAGGCUCUCGACAUCCCAGCACCGCUGCAGCGGGGGCUGGCGGCGUGCGGCUUCCACAGACCGUCACCAGUUCAGGCUGCCGCGAUUCCCGUGGGGCGCACGGGCGCCGACCUCGUCGUCCAGGCGCGCGGAGGCACGGGCAAGACGCUGGCGUUCUCCUUGCUCGCGCUCCUCGCGGUCGAUCCGACGGUGGGCAACCCGCAGGCGGUGAUUCUUGCCCACACGCGCGAAGUGGCGCUGCAGAUAUGCUCGGUCGUGCGGGGCCUCGCGAAGUACGCGCCGGAGAUCUGCUGCGCCGCGCUCAUCGGCGGCCGCCCGAUCCAGGCCGACUUCGAGACGUUGUUGCAACCCUGCCACAUCAUCGUCGCGACCCUGGGGCGCCUGAGCGCCGUCGAAGCGGCCGGCAAGCUCCCGAAGCUCAGGGUGCGGAUGCUCGUGCUCGACGAGGCGGACCACCUCCUGUCCGACUCGUUCCUCCAGAGCACCGUGAAAAUCCACGACUUUCUGCCGGAGCGCAAGCAGGUGCUUGCGUUCUCCGCGACCUGGCCGCCGUCCCUCCUCGCGCUCACCGAGGGUCUCAUGGACCGCCCGAAGCGCGUCAUGCUCAGCGCCGGCGACCUCGACCCCCCCCUCGCCGUGCGUCAGUUCUAUCGCCGCGUCGCCGACACCGGCGAGGCGCCCUCCGACGUCAACGCCGCCAAGCGCGCCGAGCUCCUCUCGCUCCUCAGCUCCGCAGCCUUCCACCAGGCCGUCGUCUUCUGCAACAACGCGGCCGCGGGGAGCGCCCUCGCCGCCGCCCUUGUCGACAACGGAUUCCCAGCGGCGUUCCUGUCGGGCAAGCAGGAGCAGUCCUCCCGGGACGCCGGCGUCACGGGAAUGCGCGCGUUCCGCCUGCGCGUCGUCGUCUCGACCGACCUCGUCGCGCGGGGCGUCGACCUGGAUCGCGUCAACAUUGUCGUCAACGUUGACGUGCCGAGGGACGCGGCCACGUACGUGCACCGCGUGGCGCGCGCGGGGCGGUUCGGCACCGGCGGCGCUGCGGUGUCGCUGGUGACGCCCGGAGAGCUGCGUCGGCUGCGGGGCCUGGCGUCGGAGGGGGGGUUUGACGUAGAAGAGCUGACAGGGGUGGUGCCGGGGGAUCUGUUGGAGAGGGGGCUCCGGGACGACGGCGACGCGGGGCGGCUGGAGGAGCUGCGGGCGUUGCAGCGGUACGUCGUGACGAGCGGGGACGGCGGGGGCACCGAGCGCGUGCUGCGGGGGCGUGUGGAUGGGGGUGUCGACGACGGGGCGGGGGCUGAGGGAGAGGAGGAGGACGAGCGGACGCGGGAGAUGCGGUGGCGGUGGUGGAAGUGGCGGCACGAGUGGUUCUUGUGGCUGAAGGAGUGCCAUCGUUUGGCGGUCGAGGCGCGCAGCAGCGGGGAGGCCGCGCCGAGUGGCGUCGCGCAGUGA